UGUCAACCACGGAUGCAAAAUUCACAACAAGCGUCGUUAGAGAUAACAGCCCAUAUUAAAGGAUGAGCGUUGGUGUCAGACUUAUUUGUUUUAUUCCCUAAAACUUGCAACAUUUUAAUUCGGAGUUUCCUUCGUGGCACGCUGUAAAAGGUGUCGCUUUUGUCGCAAAGUCAAACUUUCUUACUCGUUUUCUAACACCUUAUGAAUGGGACAGAUCUAAAGAUGUCAACAGCACGGUAGCUGGGCAAUAAUGUAGUUGUUCAGCCCUUUCUGGCUGUCAGUGUCCCUACCAUCUAUCCAAAAAGCAGAGCUUUAAGUCACCCCUCAAAAGUGAUGGAUGAAGACACACCCACCCUUAAGCCUAGACGGAUCGAGAAUCAGAAUGUGGUCCAUCGGCUUGAGAGGCGCAGGAUCUGUUCAGGCCGACCGGGGGCUCACUGGUACAGAGUACGCUGCUUCCACCAGAAUCUAUUUCCAAACUUUACGGUGGUCAAUGUGGAGAAGCCGCCGUGCUUUCUGAGAAAGUUCUCACCUGAUGGACGCUGCUUCAUCGCCUUCUCAUCUGACCAAACAUCUCUUGAGAUUUAUGAAUACCAAGGAUGCCAAGCUGCCCAAGACCUCCUAAGAGGCCAGGACGGUGAGACCCUUCUAACGGCCAAUGACCAGCGCUCCCUCAACAUCCGCGGCCGCCUGUUUGAACGGUUUUUCUCCCUGCUCCACGUCACUAACGUGGCAUCAAAUGGAGAACACCUUAACCGGGAGUGUAGCCUCUUCACAGACGACUGCCGCUACGUAAUUGUUGGCUCGGCCGUGUACGUCCCCGAGGACCCACAACCGUACUUUUUUGAGGUUUAUCGUAACAACGAAUCUGUGACUCCUAAUCCUCGGUCCCCUUUAGAGGACUAUUCCCUCCACAUCAUCGACCUCCAUACAGGCAGACUGUGUGAUACUAGGUCCUUUAAAUUUGACAAGAUCAUCCUUUCUCACAACCAAGGCCUCUAUCUGUACAGAAAUAUCCUGGCUGUACUGUCGGUUCAGCAGCAGACCAUACAUGUCUUUCAGGUGACUCCAGAGGGAAUGUUUCUCGAUGUCAGGACCAUAGGGCGUUUCUGUUAUGAGGAUGACCUCUUGACACUCUCGGCUGUGUACACAGAAGCUCAGGCUGAGAGCCAGCAGGGCUUCCCGCGUCUCUACACUGACAAAACUAUCAACUCCCUUAAGCACAGGCUGCUGGUCUACCUGUGGAGAAGGGCUGAACAGGAUGGCAGUGCCACUGCCAAGAGAAGAUUUUUCCAGUUUUUCGAUCAGCUGAGGAGACUAAGGAUGUGGAAGAUGCAGCUGCUGGAUGAGCAUCAUCUCUUUAUUAAAUACACGAGUGAAGACGUGGUUACACUGAGGGUCACAGACCCCUCACAGCCAUCUUUUUUCGUCGUGUACAACAUGGUGUCAACAGAGGUGCUGGCCGUCUUUGAGAACACCUCCGAUCAGCUGCUGGAGCUGUUUGAGAAUUUCUGUGACCUGUUCAGAAACGCCACGCUGCACAGUCAGGCUGUCCAGUUUCCCUGUUCUGCUUCCUCCAAUAACUACGCUCGGCAAGUCCAAAGAAGAUUCAAAGACACCAUUGUGAAUGCCAAAUAUGGUGGUCAUACAGAGGCGGUGCGCCGGCUGCUGGGUCAGCUGCCCAUUAGCGCGCAGUCAUACAGUAGCAGCCCUUACCUAGACCUGUCACUCUUCAGCUACGAUGACAAGUGGGUUUCUGUGAUGGAGAGACCUAAGACCUGUGGAGACCACCCAAUCAGGUUCUAUGCACGUGACUCUGGCUUACUGAAGUUCAAGAUCCAGGCAGGCCUUCUAGGUCGACCAGUCAACCACGCUGUGCGGCGACUUGUGGCGUUCACUUUCCAUCCUUUCGAACCCUUUGCCAUUUCUGUCCAGCGCACAAACGCAGAGUAUGUGGUCAACUUUCACAUGCGGCAUGUUUUUGCAUGAAGAAACUUGUUUGUGUAUACUGGAGACUCGAAACAUCGUUUAGAGGUACAAAAAAAGUGGUGUACUUUUUGUGAUGAGGACAACCAUCAGUUUUUAAUACAACCUUUUCCACCACUGCGUUAGGAUGGAAAUCGACCUUUUUCUGUGCAAUUUCAACUCACCUUUUCCUCCUCUUCCCCUUUCAAGCACAUAAAGAGGGAGAAGUUACUCUAAGUGCAGAUGGAGUUGUGACGAGAGUACUUAGGCGCACUAGAUAGCCGGGCUCCCGAGGAGGAUACCAGAGGUUGUUUUCACAAUUGUUCAUCCCAUUCUACUCUUUUCUAAUUUGGGCAAAAUACGUUUUAAACUUUCAUUUUUACUUGAUCUGUUUUAUGUUAAAAAUUUGUACAUAUUUUAUCAUAAUAAAAUGAACACGUUUUCACAUUGUGUUUGUCUUUUGCUCAUUCAAACCAAAUACUAAGUAGUAAGUAAAGUAGAUAAGGAUGACCUGUUCAUCUAACUGGCGACCUUUGAACUAAUCGCUUCUCAUUUUAAAAUCUGCUGGCAACAAUUGUGUAGAGAAAGCUUUCGUAAAAAAUAACGUCUCUUGGUAUGAAACCACUUAUUUUUUCUGUAUCUCAUUCAAUUGUUGUUGAUUGUGUAAACUGAGGGAAGCAGGUACCUGUUUAUUUUUCUUUUAGUUUGUUUUUUUGCCUUGAUUGGUUUGUGUUUUUGCCUUGAUGAUUGUAGACUUCUGAUAAUGUUCUGUGUGAGCACCCGUUAUUCCCCUUGCAGUCUGUUGUACAGAAUUUUAAUUAGAUUUUUUUUUUUCUAAUUAGAUGCAUAUAUUUUCUACAGCAGCAGUAUUGACGUACAACGUGAGACAAAAAGGUCAGAAAACACAGGAAAUAAAGUGUGGUAUGUCAAAUUAAAAGUCCUUACUACACAAUUUAACCUGAAAAUCAUGGGGUUUCUUUGCCAUACUUUCAUGCAGUUCUGCAUGAUUUUUUCCCAGUGUCACAGACAAUUUGAUUUCAUAAAACUUUGCCAUGUUUGUAGUAGUGUUGCACUGAUACCAUUUUUUGACCCCGAUACCGAUACCUGGCUGUGCAGUAUCGGCCGAUACCGAUAUCAUUCAGAUACCACCCCGUUUAUAUAUAUAUAUUUUUUCCCCCAAAGAGCUACAUAAUUGGAUGUGAAAUCAUUGCUAUCAAGGCUUUGUCAGGCUGUUGCUUACCUUUGCAAAAUAGGAAAAAGUACACUAAACCCUAAUAGACAAUAGUUGAAUAAACCUUUGGCUCUCAAAAGCCAAAAUAGUGCUACAUUUGUGAAAUUAAUAAAACAUGUAUAAUACUAGCCCAACAGUAAGAAAGUAAAAAUAAAUUCAUAAUAAUAAACUCUGAAUGAACUGAAUAAACUUUUUUAAACCUCUCAAAGUCCAAACAGUGCAACUUUCAUGAAAUUAUUGUCACAUUCUGCUGCUGGUUAGGUUGUUUUGUUGCUGGGCUGGUAGUGGGGGCGUUCCUGACGUCGCACCUGAUCCAAUGCAGGCUCAUCAACGCAGCAUUUAAGCACUGGUGAUCUCAGAGAAGGCUGCCGAGAUAUUUUGCCCUGCUGAUCGCCAUUUGGCAUCUCGCACUAUAGUCUCGCUACAUUUGCUUGUUACGCCCCUGCAUUGGUUUUUUUCUGUUCGUGUGCUGCUCUCGUUUGUAACCUCUACCCUGUGCAGGUAUUUGAGUGUUUUUAUUUUGGCUUUUUGGCUCGCUGCCUACCGUCUUAAGUAACCUUCGAGUUUGUAGCAUUGAGCUCCGUCGACCUGCUGUCACGGACUCCGUUUGUUAUCUCUACUAUUACGCGAUUGCGUGUUAUUUUUUGUUUGCAAUCAUUAAAUCAUUGUACGUUUCCCCCGCUUGUUGUCUUCUUCGAGGUUCAACCUUGUUUCCGCAUUUGCGGACGCUAACAAUUAUAAGUAAUAAUAAUUGACCACAGCAUACCGUCUCUCUAUUAGCCUCCUUUUUUUCGGGAGGGGGGAGUCCCUUAUUUCAGUUUCUGAAAGGUGGCAACCCUACUUUGGAAACAGUUCCCAAAUUACUGCGGCAUUUCUUUCAGUAAAAGACAAUAAAAGUAAAGUAGACGUAGUGAACUAACCAGAGAUUGUUGCUCCGGUCCAGCGCCCUUCCUCUGGAGAGCAGUCCUGCUCUUCCAGGCUCAAACUCGUCGUGUUCGUUCAU